AUGGGGAAAGCUGGCGCGAAGAAGAAGGAUGCUGGCAAGGCUCCGACGGUAGAAGACGAGGAGGAGGAGGAGGACACCCGAGAUGGUCCUCCCAGCAGCAAGGGUAAGAAGGAGGCUGCCCCAAAAAGGAAGCUGCAGGCGAAGCAGAUGGAUGCUUUUGCCCAGAUGGAGCUGGACAGGCAGCGCGAGGCUAGGCAAAGAAUAGUGGAGCGGUUCCUUCGACUUAUCCUCGUGGGCUUCAUCCUGGAUGCGCUGAAAGGAAAGUCCGCGGAGGGCAGCAAGGAGCCUGAUCGCAAGAAGAAAGGUCCAAACAGCGGAAAAGGAUCGAAGGAUGGGUCAGAUGCGCUGUCAGUGAAAUCCAUUCGGGAGAAGGCAAACACCUAUGGUGGCCCAGCCAUCAUGGUCGCCUUCAUUGUGGCUAUGUUGGCCAUCCGUGCAGCCGAAGAAGGCUACCACCCUGCAGACCAGGACGAACACGGGUUCAACUUCUAUGAAGUCAUGGGCCUGACGAAAGGUGUGGAUCAGAUGGAAAUCAGGAAGGCCUACAAGGCCCUGGCUCUCAAGUACCAUCCUGACAAGAACCCUGACUGCACCGAAUGUGCUGAGAAGUUCGGAAAGAUCUCCAAAGCAUACGACACGCUGUCGAAUCCCGAGGCUCGAAAGGUGAUCCCAGUACGAGUAGAAGGGCUAUCGCCACCGGCAGCAUGGGUAGCCAGCAUCACGCUGAUGACAGCUGAAGAUGCUGGCGCCGAGUCGGACACACAAUCCAUUAACUCGGAUGCACCUCCGGCCUGGAAUUCGGACGACGAGCCACCAGAAGAUCACGUAGGAGAUGAAAACACCUGCAGUCGGGACGGGGCUGUUAAGAAGUUGAUUCAGAAGGUGGGAAAAGGUCUGGAACGGCCCGGCCAAAACGACAUCGUGACAGUCCGUUUCUCCACACUUCAGCUCGAUGGCCCACCCAUCGAGGAUGUUGCGGAUCAGAUCACGGUUGAGAUGGGGGACAACAAGCUCCCGUUGGCUGUAGAGUUUGCAGUGAAAAGCAUGCGGGUCGGAGAGGUUGCAGAGAUCCGCGCCCCAGCAGCGUACAGCAAGAUCCUGUCUCCGCUUUGUGGCCGACAGCUGCGUACCCAGCCAGGCGUGCUUCCGAAGACUGGCAAAGUGAAGCGGAAGCUGCGUUUUUUGCCGGCGGCCCCAAAGGGGCUAGCAGAGCAGGCCAAAGUCGACCUCCUGAAGUUUCGCAAGGCCAAGCAAGAAGCGGAAGCCCAGGAAGCGGAGGAAGCAGCUGCAGCUGCGGCAGCCGCGCCAGCCGCGGCGCCCGCGCCUGCGGCUCCUCCCAUGUUCCGCGCACGAGUGGAGUUGCUGGGUUUCGAGUGCGUGUUGGCGCUGACAGAGGUUGUCAGCUUCUCUUACUGCCUUCUGGAAGAUGCAGGGGCGAAGAGGAGUUCACCACGCAAAUGCGAGCUCACCCUGGGAGAGGACGAGCUGCCCUAUCCCCGGCUCGAGCAUGUCAUCUACUCGAUGAAGGAGGAUGAGCGUUGUCUGGCGCGUCUUCUGUCAGCUGGAGCCGAAGAGGAGCACAUGGGAAAGCCUUUCAUGCUCCAUGACGACCGAGCUGGCCGGAUCCCCAGCAUGCAGACCUGGGCACGGGAGGAUGCGUACAAGCCGGUUAAGCUUUCGGAUGCAUUGGCAGUCAGCUUCGCUUUGGAAGCGGGUUAUGUUGGUGCGAGAGGAUGUAGGACCGAGAUAGACGGGGCUUCAGCCGUCCACAUAAUCAUGUGGACAGAGUUUUUCUGUCGGCCGGGAUGGAUCUACUGGUCAUGGCCGGGCAUGAUUCUCAUUGGUGCCGUCACAUGGUACCAAGUUCACCUUGAUGUGGUGAUCAUUGCUUGGUUCGGAGACUUCUACGACUUGAUACAGAAGGCAUUGUCAAAAGAGUCAAGCGUGCCUAAGCACGAGAUCUAUGGAUACUUAUUCACCUUUUCGGAAGUAGCUGGAACCUACAUAGUAGUCGCAGUCAUGUCUGUUUUCUUUACGAAGCACUGGACCUUUCGCUGGCGUCAUGCGAUGAAUGAUUACUAUAUGAGUCACUGGCAAGAGCUCCGACACAUCGAGGGGGCCAGCCAGCGAGUCCAGGAGGACACGAAGCGCUUUGCAGGUCUGGUGGAAGACAUCGGGGCGACGGCUCUUCAGUCGUUCAUGACCCUGGCAGCAUUCGUACCUAUCCUUUUCGAGCUCUCGAAACCUGUUAAAGCUCUGCCGAUUUUGGGGGAAGUACCUCAUGCCAUGGUUGUGCUCACCAUCACCUGGGCCUUGCUGGGCACCGUGGGCCUUGCCUUGGUCGGGAUGCGGCUUCCGGGUUUAGAGUUUCAGAACCAACUCGUCGAGGCAGCCUUCCGAAAGGAGCUGGUCUUUGGUGAGGACUCCGAGGACCGUGCGAAGCCGGAUGUCGUAGAGGAGCUCUUCGCCAGCGUCCGCGCCAGCUAUUUCCAGCUCUUCUUCAACUUCAUGUACUUCGAUUUCGCGAAGUGGUCCUAUCUUCAGUUUGGAGUGAUCAUCCCAUAUCUGGCGCUGGUUCCCUGCAUUGCUGACGGGCGCAUCACCCUCGGGCAGAUGCAACGGCUCGUGGCCGCGUUCAGCAGUGUGGAGCGCUCCCUCCAAUUUCUGGUGCGGAACUGGGCUCAGCCCGUCAUCACACCCAUUGCUUCUGCAGAUGUUUCUCCAAGGCAUGUCUACAUCGAGCUGGAUAACGUAUCAACAGGCUUGCAGCUCUCGCGAAAAGGUGAGAUGGAUGCCGUGAAUGCCUUUCUGCCGUGCUUGCGAGCCAUUCCAGUGCCAGGCGGAGGGCACAGGAAAACCGAGAUCCGCCAGGGACCAGAGCGACGAUUUCACGACAUCGAGGCAUCCAUCAACUGUAAGGCAAGCAUGCGCCUGUGUGAGAGCGCCGACUUCAAAGCUCCUGUCGCGGUGCAGCUGCGGAAGCUGGAGGUCCGUGAGCUCUGCCCACUGUGGGUACAGGGACAGACGGCAGCGUGGGCAGACCUCAAGCUCGUCGACGACGGCGGCAGUUUCAGAUUGGCAGCGAGCUCAGAGGAGGGAGGACAGCUUCACUUCCUGGAGCUGGAGAAGGCACACGGCAACGCUGCGAGCCGAGCUCUGGCGCGGGAGAGCCGCUUCGAAGAAGCAUCCGAAGCAUACAAGCGAGCGCUUGAUGCCGUGCGGCGGAGUCCCAUGUACAAGGCCGAGCUCUGCCCGUCUGCUCUCUUCCCCACAGAGCGAGGGCACAUCCAAGGUGCCUACAGCCGCGAGGCCGGCGAAGGUGAAAACCCUCUGCAGGGCCUUUCCGAUCAGGAGGUCUCCACGCGCAGAAGUCAUCUCGUCGCGCUGCACUUGAACUUGUCCCUCUGCGCCAACAAGGCCGGAGAGCCGCCGCGAGCGGACAUCGCUCUUGGCGCUCAGCUCAGCCACCGCGGAACAUGGUCCAGGGGGCCUUAA